AUGAGCCGCUUUCUAAGCGCGCGUCGCGGCUCGAACAGCUCGAAUGAGGGGGAUGGCGGCGGGCAGUGGCUGCGGGGCGGCGAUGCGGCGGCGCGGAAGAUGUACCGUAGUUUCGUGGCGAAGAACCCGCGGAUGGGAGGGGAAUCGGGGCUGAGGGCCGCGGCGAGACUUGUCGAAGAUGAUGAGAAUAUCACCAAGGACCAGCUGCUGGAACAAGUGAUGCAAAUGACGGAAAGGGAGCAGGAGAUGGCCGAGACGGCUGCAUUCCUUGAUGAUGACGAGGAUGCCGAGCGUCUUUUCGUAGACGCAUUAAUGGAGGAGGAAUCGACUGAAGAGGGAGACAGAGAGGACGGAAAUGAGGAGGACAAAAAGAAAAAGAAGAAAAAACUCCCAAAACGACUUCGGAAAGCCGCCAAACAGAAAAUCGACAGCUUCAUCGAGUUUGUCCUGGCCAAAAUCAACCAGCAAUGGGUGCACAUAGCCUAUGCCGUUUUUCCCUUCCAGCAAGUACAGACGUUGAUCCUCGUGUGUCUCGUGCAAUUUAUCAGUCUCCAAGCAAUUCUGCACGUGCUUCCGAUGCUAAUUGCCUACGGGGCCUUCAUCACGAUGGCGUAUAUGACGCUCAAAAUGUUUCACAACAAGAAUGCCAAGGAAUCGCUCUUCCUAACCGAGAAUUGGGACCCGUAUCUCAAUUUCGUGUUGGCCCUUUUCGUGUUUGUUCUGGCGAUUGGGGCUGCCGGGAAGUAUCUACCGUAUUGCAGUUUGCUGUGCGCCGUCUCGGCAGGCUUUUCUCUGAUCACGUUCUUCGCCCUGGCCGACCGUCUCGAUCAUUUUGCCAUUUAUGCCGUGGUCGCCAAUUUUAUUAGCUGUCUUCCGACGAUUUUCUCACGAAUGCGCCUUCCGAUUGGCUAUUGGAAAGUGUGGAAGCCGGUGAUGGAAUUUCGAUUUGCCUAUUUCACGCUCUCCCUGUCACUAUGUUCAAUUGCGUGGCUGUCAAUCCCGGUGGCAUACGCUAUGAUGGCCUAUCGACAAUCGACGUGGACCGAGAGGGCACAGCUCAUCGUUCCGCAUCUCAUUUGCAUCGUUUGGGCGGAUAUCGCGAUGACAAUGUGGAUGAUUGGGUGGCAAUCAUUUACGUACAUCGAUGGGUUAUUGACGGCGAGUGCGGCAAUUCUCUUCUUCCUCCCCAGCAGUUAUUCCAUGACUAUUGGCAUCGUCUUUGCCGGGGCUCUACUCGCCCAGAUUCGCCCAUUUGUGCAAUGGCUGAGCGUGGCGAAGGCGUUGGUCACCCUCUGCGUCUUGGCAUCACCCUUCAUCUUCGCCAAGCUGUACGGAUACGUCGCCAAACUCUACAAAGUACAAGUAUUUCCGGAAGAUUCGAAGAAGCGCCGCUGGGUGUUGGCCAUGGCGUAUUUGUUGGCCCUGCUGAUGGCCGUCUCGUUCCUCUAUCAGGGCCAAUUCCAAUUCGAUCCGCGUGUUGAUGUUUCGAACAUGACCUGG